AUGGUCAAUUCCCAAAGACGUUAUUCCGCAAGCGGUGGGACUCUCAAAUAUGUUGGUGGAGUCAUACUCACCACCAACUCCCACCUCGUAAACGGCGGUGUCAACAUUUUCACUGGAGAAUGCAUGGAAAGACAACAGGGUCAAAAACCGGAAGUAUGCUGGCUUCACCCCUGGACCCAUAUUAGGGAACUUGUCCAGAUCCGAAGAAGUCGAAUUGAGUCUGUCCCAGAUAUCGAAAAAACCUAUCUUAGUAAUCUUGGCACCAGGAACUUGAACGGGAGAACGAUACUGGUUCAAGAUGCUGGUGGCAAAUGCACAGGUAGAUCCUUUGCCCUUGGUUCCCGUGACGUGAAUGACAUUGAGCCUGUUCAAAUCCUGUGGCUUGUAUCCAAUCCGUCUUGUCCACUCGAUCAUCUCAGGAAUCAAAACAGCAUUUUUGGCGCCAGCGGUCAACCGAGCAGCUUCUAUAGUGGCGAAGUUGGACUGCAAAGAAUUCAGCGCAUUAAUGGCAUCCUUGUAUGUGCGCUUUAUCAUGCUACUGGGUGGUUGGCUGUUGCCUGA